GCAUCGAGACGCCUUAGCCUACCGGCCUCGCCGAAUUUCGGCAGUUGGCAGGCGGCAGACUUCUACUCAUCACCCGGUCGUUCAGUCGAGCAGGACUGCCGAUCGCCGGCAAACGGUAGUAGCAUUGAUGAUUCAAGCUUGCCUACCGUCCAAAAUGUCCCACCAAUCCUUUCCCUGGCAGAAGCAGCAAACCUGCUGCAAGCGAAGGAGACUUCCAAACCGGUAAUUCCGCCACGGAGACCGACAGACUAUGACUGCAUCCGUAGGCGACCCUGGUACUUACAGGCUCGUGCCAAUCGACGAAAGCAGGGAGCUAGUACCCCCACUACCACCACGAGACCACGGCCAGGAGAUGUACCUGAAUUGAGCUCCACUGCACUGAGGCAGUUCCCGGGAGUCUUCUUCCCACCGAAGAAUGACCAGACCAACGCUAACUGCAUGCCAGAGUCCCUUUCCGCGGUGACGGCCAAAUACGGCGCAGCCACUGUCGCCGCUUUCAAACAAACUGUAGAGCCAGCAAAUGCACCCUCAAUUUCCCGAGAGAUUCAGGGCGAUAUCAACAGACGACGGCCAACUUCAGCCUGCGGUUUCCACUUAACGCAGGAUAACAGUCCGUUCGAAUUGCGAACAGAAGAACAGACUACUGGCAGCAUCAAUGAGGAUGGAUAUACCUUGUGGAAUAAUGGUUCAUACAUGCAGACGGAGAGUGCCAUUCUACGUGGCUAUGACUGGCGGAAGCGUGCAGAAUAUGCAGCAGCACAAGAAGCAAGGACUGGUCAGGCUAAUCAGGUGCGGGUUUGCAACAGGCGCGACAUUCCAGAAGGGCAUGCUUCAGCCCCACCAACGCGGCUUCCGACCACCAGUCAAAUAAAUUCGCUGGAACGCCGUGAUGAAUGGCAACUAAACUACGAAGGUGCCGAAAUGUCCAAAGCGAAAGCCCACAGCUCCCCCCUACCGAGGAGUAAUUGUUGGCAUUCCGAAACUUUCCUAACUACUCCUGCUGAUGGCACAAAAGUAGAACGACGAGAGACAUACGGAGGAGACAAGAAGAAUCCCGAACAGUCUCAGCGCAAGAGUCAUGAUAAUCGUAGAGGGUCAAGUGCCUGGAAAGCACUUUCCUCUGAGCACUGCGGUCCAAUCCAACUCUGGCAGUUUCUACUCGACGAGCUGAAUAAUCCUCUUUCCGAGAAAUAUAUCGGCUGGACCGGUCAGGGUACAGAAUUUCGUCUGCACGAUCCCAACGAGGUGGCCCGUCGUUGGGGUCUAAGAAAGAACAAGCCAAAAAUGAACUAUGAGAAACUGAGCCGCGGCCUGCGCUACUAUUACGACAAGAAAAUUAUUGAGAAAUCUGCCGGAAAACGUUAUGUAUACAGAUUCUCUCCAAAGGUGGAAGACCUCAUAAAGUCCUUCCGAAAUACUACUAGAGAAGAGAAACGGGCGGCACCCUAUGACGAGUAA